ACGCCCCUUACAUUGGUGGUCAGUGGGAAGAAUGUUGCUUACAUUGGUGGUCAGUGGGAAGAAUGCCCCUUACAUUGGAGGUCAGUGGGAAGAAUGCCCCUUACAUUGCUGGUCAGUGGGAAGAAUGCUCCUUACAUUGGGGAUCAGUGGGAAGAAUGCUCCUUACAUUGGAGGUCAUUGGGAAGAAUGUCCCUUACAUUGGGGUCAGUGGAAGAAUGCUCCUUACAUUGGAGGUCAGUGGGAAGAAUGCCCCUUACAUUGCUUGUCAGUGGGAAGAAACCCCUUACAUUGGUGGUCAGUGGGAAGAACACCCCUCAUAUUGGUUGUCAGUGGAAGAGUGGACCCAUUACUCUGGUGGUCAGUUGGAAGAAUGCCCCUUACAUUGGAGGUCAGUGGAAGAGUGGGCCCAUUACUCUGGUGGUCAGUUGGAAGACUGAUCCUUACAUUGGAGGUCAGUCGGAAGAAUGCUCCUUACAUUGGAGGUCAGUGGGAAGAAUGCCCCUUACAUUGGUGGUCAGUGGGAAGAACACCCAUUACAUUGGUGGUCAGUGGAAGAGUGGGCCCAUUACUCUGGUGGUCAGUAGGAAGAAUGCCCCUUACA